AUGUACGGAGGCAUGUAUGGAGUACCGGUAGGUUUCGCCCAGGACCAGGGACGAGCAUGGAAAGAAGCGGACGGAGUGAACUCCGCAAAUACCACUACUGAUACUAAGCACAUCGGUAGUACUUACUCACAACUACCAACACGCGACGUCGGCCGUCGACGACAAUACAGAUUCCAUGCGUUGGGAGCGGAGAAGCGACCGCCUCCGCCACCACCUCCACCACCACCGCCACCACCACAACCAGUGCCGACCACAGGCCACACCCAUCCUUCCUGGGCGACCGAAAAAUCCCAAAACGAAAGAGAGAGUCCCCUGGCAAGUCCUCAGAGAGAGAUAGAAAGAAAGAAAGAUCCUCCCUACAAAGAAACCCAAUCCGCAGACCGACCGACCUGCGAAAUCUGGACUCGUCCAACAUGCCGAGGGAUGAGAGUCACGGUUGGUCGUCGCUGGUGGUCUCUCCCCAUUCCCAAGAUGUCUCAGCUCCCUUCUCGAGCUCCACAGGAAUAUAUUGCGCACCCAUCCAUCCCGGCUAUCAGAGUGGCCGGGACCGAGAGCGAUACCAUCUCCGUAAUCUAUCUGUCGUUGUUUCAAAGAGACGCUUCUCCUUGCAUGCCAUCCUCUGUCUCUCUUUCUCUCUCUCUGUCCUCUGUCUCCUCCUCUCUCUCUCUCUUCCCCUUGCUCUUUUUCUCUACCUAG